AUGCGCGGCACGGCGUGCGCGGGUCGUCCCCGUCUCCCACUCUGGGUGUCCGGAGCGUCGGGACUCGGCGUCUCUAGUCUGCGGAAAACCUCAGGCUGUGGAGGGGCUGGGGUGGAGAGCAGAGCUGCUGCGACCCCUUCCUCCCUCCCUCCCUCCCUCCGUCGCGCUGUGGCUGCGGGGAGCGCAGAGGGACCCUUCCCGGCCGGGGAGCUUAUUUUAGCUCAGACGGGAAGACAAACGCAAUUUAAGAAAUGAUUUCAUCAGUGCAGCGUCGGACGCUUUAAUAAUAACUAGGCAAUCCCGUUCAGCGAGAUCGUGGGCAAGCUCCCCGGCCUGAUGGUGACCGGCUCCUCUGCUACUGAUGAUGGACAUGAGCCCAGGGACACUGUUUUGGAAACAGACUCAGGCUGUGGUGAAAUGAGCUUAUUUUUAUCCAAAGCAGGAACAUAUACAAAUAUCAUCACACAGGUUAUGGAACUUUUGGAUGGGAUUGGAACCUGUGAACUUGCUCUCAUGUGAACAGAUAAGUGAGAUUGGCUCAUGUGCCUUACAAAACAGAUAAGUGGAAUUCUGCCUCCAAAAGAGACCAAAAUCAACGCAGAUUUACAAUUACAUUUUCAAAAGGAAAUUGGAGUUGGAAAUGAAGUGUUUCAAGAGAACUGUGUUUGA